AUUUUACAUAAGCAAUGACGCAUCACCAUCAUCUUCAACUUACUGUAACGUUGCUUUCCUCUUCCUCCUCCAUUAAAAUGGCGGUUCUCGUUCUUCGCUCACACUAAUUCCCCACCGCCAUUUUCAAACACCCUUCUCAAAUCAACCCUUUCAUUUUCCGAUUAAACCCAUGGCCGCCGUCUCCGCCGCUCUGCCGCUCGACGGCCGAACCGCAAUCGUCACCGGCGCAUCCCGUGGCAUUGGCCGCGCCAUCGCCGUCCACCUCCACUUCCUCGGCGCAAACCUCGUCAUCAACUACGCUUCCAACUCUUCACAAGCCGAUCUGCUCGCAUCGGAGCUCAACCAGUCAUCGGCGCCGCUCCGGCGAGCCGUCGUUGUCCAGGCCGACGUGUCUGAUCCAGAUCAGGUAAAGCGGUUGUUCGAUUCGGCGGAAAAGGAGUUUGGAUCUGAGAUUCACAUCGUCGUGAACUCCGCUGGGAUUCUUGAUUCGAAGUACCCGAGUCUGGCCGGAACCGCCGUGGAGGAUUGGGAUGAGGCGUUUCGAGUGAAUUGCAGAGGCGCGUUUUUGGUCUGCAAAGAGGCGUCGAAUCGGCUCAGGCGCGGCGGUGGAGGGCGGGUUGUGUUGCUUACGACGUCGAUCGUUGGGUCUCUGCCGCCGGGAUACGGUGCUUAUGCGGCGUCGAAAGCGGCGGUGGAGGCGAUGGCGAAAAUUGCGGCGAAGGAGCUCAAGGGGACGGAAAUCACGGUUAACUGCGUGGCGCCAGGACCGGUGGCGACGGAGCUUUUUUACGCCGGGAAAUCAGAGGAGACGGUGGCGAAGAUGGCGGAGGCCUGCCCUCUAGGCCGGCUUGGGCAGCCCGACGACGUGGCGAAAGUGGUUGGAUUUUUGGUUACUGAUGCCGGUGGAUGGGUCAACGGGCAGGUCGUUCGGGUCAAUGGAGGGCUUGUAAUUUGAUUUUGGAAGGGAAGUAAUUGAAACGCUAUAGGAGUGAAUUUUUUUCCCCCUUUUCUAAGAAAGUAUUGGAAUUAAAAUUAAUUUGAGUUACCAUAUUUUACGAAUCAGAAUGGGAUUCCGCAAUUUUUUA